GAACAAAGCCCCGCGCUGCCUCCCGCGCCGGCGCGGAGCCGCCGAGCCCGGCUGCGCUGCCGGGAUCGCUGCCCCGGCGGGCGGGCCCGGACGUGGCGCAGCGGGCGGCGAUGCGCCAGCCGCGGCCAGGGGAGGGGCCCCGGGACUGCGAACGUGGUGCCUGCGGGGCAGGGCGGCCCUGCCCGCCUCCGCCCCCCGCCCCUGAGGCCGGAGGAGCGCGGCGGCUCAGUGUGCUUCCUAGUACUGUGGCUCAAACAGCUCUAAACUACCUGCAUGACAGAUUGGAUUUUAAACAAUACCUUUUACCCCUGUACAUGACUAUCUUUCUCCUUUGCUUCUGCAUUUUAAAACCACAAAAUGUCUGAAGUUAAGCCGAGGAAAAAAGGUAUUUCUUCAUCCAAGACCAGUGAAGAUUCACAGAAGGCUGAGAAGCACAGUAAUUACGGGAAGCUGGCAAGUCCCAGGACCAGCAAUAAUCACAGUUCCUUUUGGAUGGACUCAAGGACAAGUUUGAGUGUCGUUUCCCUUGCUGUUUGCCUGGUGGUGAGCUGGUUUCUAUUUCAACAGUCAGGUCAAUUUUCUGAUCUGGAAAGAAAGUACAAUUUUUUACAUCAAGAAGCUGAAAAAAUCCUGGAUGUGGGAAAUAAAGUAAACUUAAUUUCUGAAAAGCUUGAGUCUUCUGAAAGUAUCCUGCGAGAAGCUGCCUCAUCCAUCUCUGUGAUGACUGAGUUUGGGCAGGAAAUAUCUUCUCUUCAUAACACCAUAAAUGAUAUUCAGAACAAUGAACAGACUCUAUCUCUAAAGAUGCAGAGCAUUAAUGAGAAGUUCCAAAAUGUUACAAAUUCCUGGAGAAGAAGUCUGGAUGAAAUGAACACAAAUGCUAGUGGUUUAAAAUCUGAAGCAAAGUUCAUACAUACAGAAGUUACUUCCAAAAUUAAUGAAGUUGACCAAAGAAUUAAAUCCCUUGCAGAAAGAGUAAGAGAUUUGGAAGACAGUACAGCCAGAAAUAUCAGAACACUAAAAAAGCAAGAAGAUGAUGAAUUCUCUAGAGUUGAACAAAAGUUGAACUUGGAUGCAAAGUCAGUUGAAAAGAUAGAAGAAGAACAGAAUAGUCUGGUAGCCAAGGACACAGACCUGAAUCAGAAACUUGCAAACUAUGAACCUAAAAUUGAGGAGUGCAAGAGCCAUUUGCCAACAAUUGAAAAUGCUAUUCACUCUAUUCUUAGGUUGUCAAGUGACUUGCUUGGUAUGGAGAAAAAGAUAGAGGACUUGAAGACACAGCUGUACGCUGUGGAAAAUGAUAUGCUGAAAACUGUUUCUGAUACAGUGGUGAUACAGAAGGCUCUUGAAGGCCUCCAGUCCAAUGGCAGCUUGUUCAAAGUGCAGCAUGAGCUAGCUGUUCUAGAAGCAGGGCCUGACAUUGCAGUAUCUUCAAAAGCAGAAGUAACUUUAGAAAGCUUUAACUUAGAAAAUGACCAGAAUGGGGAUAAGUGAAUUUGGUCUUAGGCUUUUCAUUGAUGAAAAAGCACUUUUUUUAUAAAGGAUUAUUUGCAGUUUAUUUAUUAAAAUAUCUUUUCUAUUGAAAAUAAUUUGAAGCCAGGUAUUUAGAUUUAAGGGGGGAAAAGUUAAUAUUUUUAGUUUGUUUUUAGUUUUCACUACUUAGUUUCUUUUGUUGUUACUUUGUGUAUUUUUUCCAUAGACUUGUAACACAGUGAACUGAUGAUUUGUGUUUUCAGAGGUCACAUUGGAAAGUCACGUAGCACUUUUUUGUAAUUUUUUGUUGUAAUAGAAGAAGUACUAACAUUUAUUAAGUAUACUGACAAGAAAAAAACAAAAUCUGGUUGUUUUGUAACAGAAAUUGAUUUCCUAGAGACAGGGUUUGCACUCAAAUUGAAUGUCAGAAUAGUAAGAUAUUUCAUUAAAGUAUAGCUUGAAUUUUGACAUUGAGUUGUUAAGCUAGAAAUAUUUUUGUAUCCCUCCAGUGUGAAAAGACUUGGAACUUAAUGAAACAGCUGGAAGAUCUUCAGAUAAUUUCUCACAUUAAAUAUCUGCAGGAAGAUAUUUAUACAAUGAAAACAUGGUCUAGCCGCAUAAUUAAAAAACAAGAAGAACUGGAGAAGAAUUUAACAAGCCUUUUUCAUGCAGUUUCAAGCACUGAACAGAACGCAGCUUCUGUAGCAAAAAACAUAACAUUGACAAUUGUGACAGUAAAAACUGACAUAAGGCGCAUUUCAGGCCUGGUCUCAGACAUGACUGCACUGACAGAUUCUUUGCAAACAUUAGAAGAUAAAGUAGAAAAAGGUGAAAAGACAACAGUAAAAAAUAUAGGUGACCUCCUUACCAGUAGCAUCGACCGAAGUACGAAAAUACAAAGCCUGGCAUCCAGUAACGCAAGAAAAAUCAAGCAAAUUAAGACAGCACUGUCUGAGUUAAAGAGCGAUUUUAACAAGCAUUCUGAUAGACUUUUGAAUCUUGAAGGUGACAGAGCAAAAGUUCUGAAGACAGUUGCAUUUGCAAAUGAUUUAAAACCUAAGAUGUACAGAGUUAAAAAGGAGUUUGCCAUCUUGGAGCCCUUAAUAAAUGACCUAACACUAAGAAUAGGAAGAUUAGUGGAGGAGGUUUUGCAACGGCAGAAAGAAAUUGCUUUACUGAAUGAGAAAUUGGCCAAUCUAACAAGAGUUCAAACUCAGAUCAAGGAUGUGAAAGAUGAAAUAACUAAGAGUUCAGAUAUUAAUUGAUCACUGAAAGGCCAUUGCCUAAAGAAUAAUGUUUGAGGAGUGUGAACUUCCAUCAUGUGUAGUACUGAGAAGGCAGACAAUAUUUAAAUGCUUCAUUUAGAAGCACACCUAAACCUGAAAUUUGUCCUAUUCUUUUGAACAGGACAGGAAAAAGUCAUACUUAUUUCAAGGGAGAAAUAAUAAUGUGAACAAAAAAUGUACCUCUCUGCAUGUAUUUUUCUUUCUGAAGAAUGAGAGACGCUAUAUUUAAUAAAUUGCUUGUUUUGUACAAUAAA